AUGAAUUCCUCACAAAGGAGAACUGGAAGAACAAAAGCCCAAAAGUCUGUCACCUGUCCUCGGUGUGGAAAGUGUUUCAGAUCAAAAGAAAAGCUGAAAAGUCACAUGAGAAUUCACACCGGAGUGAAGCCGUACACAUGCUCUCAGUGUGGAUGGCGUUUCAGACUAAAAGAACAUCUCAAUAGUCACAUGAACGUUCACACUGGAGAGAAGUCUAAUACAUGUCAUCAAUGUGGGAAAGUUUUCACACGUCCACAGUCUCUGAAAAAUCAUCUACGCGGGCACUCUGAUGAAAGGCCAUUUAACUGUGAUCAAUGUGGUAAAAGAUUUAUAUUGCAGUCAGUGCUAACAGCACACCUACGAAUCCAUGCAAAUGAAAAGCCUCACUCAUGUUCAUUUUGUGGAAAGAGUUUUUUACAGCUGAGCUCUUGGAAAGAUCACGAGAAAAUACAUACUGGUGUAAAAGAUCACGUGUGCUCGUAUUGUGGGAAGGGCUUCAUUACAGCCAGCCAUUUGAAAAGGCACCUGAGAAUUCAUACUGGAGAGAAACCUUACAAGUGCUCAUAUUGUGACAAGAGAUUCACUUUGUCAGGAGACGUGAAAUCACAUGAGAGAAUUCAUACCGGAGAGAAACCAUCAAACAAGCCCUCGACGUUUCACACGAUCAAGGAGUCUUUGCACUAG